AUGGGUCUUUUGGAGAUUCCCACCGAGCUGCGGAUGCACAUCUUCGAACACCUUGCAGACCUGUCGUAUGGGAGAGACGAAACCAUUGGGCCCAAUGUCCGACUGACCCCCGCCAUCUGUCGCGUCUGCCACACCAUUCGAAAGGAGACUCUUCCCCUCUACGCCAAAACUUCGUCCUUUAGCAUCCAAACAGACGAUAACCUGCACGUCUCCAACACUCGCGUGCAAGCUUGGCUGCAAGCGCUGGGCCCGACGGCGCUGUCGAAAGUCGAGAACCUGCAUCUCAGCAAGCACUGGAAGCUCAAGCAACCCUCCCGCUGGCAGGGUCAUGUUGGCUUCUAUGUUCGCUUGCAGCUCGUCCGCAAGGUGUGGCAGUGCACGGCCGGCACGUACCCUAUCGCGAAUGACAUGCGUGGCAUGCGGCUCGAGAGCGUCGAUCUGCUACGCCAUGUCAUUCUGCGCCAGCUGAGGCCGGCAUCGGCCUACACCGACCUGAAGUGCUUGACCUCGAGCGAUGUUGAAUUUAUCAUCAAUGCCAUGGAGAUUGUGGCGUCGCAUCCCAUCCCAACCUUCGACACAGAGCAGAGUGAGGCGGGUCGGCAGCGUAGACGCGGGCUGUGGGCAACGAUGGAGGGGAAAGUGCUGGCUUUGCAGGCUUCGUUUGACGAGGAGGCAAAUGUGCAGCCGCGAUCAAAGGGAUUCCAUACUCCGUAUUGA